GGAGCCAGCCCCAGAGGACAGGAGGGAUUUAGGAGCCAGGAGGAGCUCAACAUAAUUGUGGGCUGAGCAAGCCGUGGACAGCCACUGUCAGCAGUUGGUCAACAGGUGAGAAGCAGCUGGGUGGUGAGCACUGUCGCCCUUUGCAGGGGCCUCCCAGAGCGCCCACUGAAGACAACGAGGAUGCUGUCCAUAUUCAACAUCUGGGGCCCGGUCAACAGCGCGCUCUUCUACCUCAGCCUCGCUGUCAGCCUGGCCGGGCUGGGCGGCAACGCUCUGCUGCUCUGGCACCUCGGUCUGCACAUCAAGAAGGGCCCCUUCAACGUCUAUCUGCUACACCUGGCUGCUGCCGAUUUCCUCUUCCUCUCCUGCCAGGUGGGCUUCUCCAUCGCCAAGAUGGCGGCGGGCUACGAGGACACACUCCACUUCCCGGUCAUCUUCCUGUGGUUUGCUGCGGGGCUCUGGCUGCUGGCCACCUUUACUGUGGACUGCUUCCUCACCUACAUGCUCCCCUCCUAUUGCAGCCCCGCCUGCCGCCCCAGGUACACCUCGGUUGUGGUCUGCCUCCUGAUCUGGGCAUUGACCAUGCCGGCUGUGCUCCUGCCGGCCAAUGCCUGUGGACUGUUGUACAACGGAAUGAGUCUGCUGGUGUGCUUCAAAUACCACUGGAUCAGUGUCGUCUGGCUGGUGGUGCUGACGAGCAUGGCCUGCGUGGGGAGCAUGAUUCUCUUAAUCUGUGGGAACUGCUGCUCUUUGCAGCCACCCCCCAAGUUCUGCAAAGUGGCCCAGUGCUCCGGGAUCCUGCUGUUCUUCUGUCGCCUGCCCAUGGUUGUCUACUGGUGCCUGCGGCCAGUCAUAGCAUUCCUGUUCCCCUUCUUCUUCCCACUGGCCACCCUCCUAGCCUGCAUUGACAGCAGCGCAAAGCCCCUCUUGUACUACAUGAAGGGCAGGCAGCUCGGGAAGAAGGAACCUCUGCAGGUAGUCCUCAACAGGGCUCUAGGGGAGGAGUCCCAGUCAAGACUUGGGGGGCUAUCCCUGCCUAUGAGUCAAGUGUAGAGUGGCCCAUCCUGUCCUGUCCUCAUAGCUGCCAGGAGAUCCCAGUCUUGCUCAAACCCUUGCCGUGUCACAGUUUUGGCUCUAGGGACUUCGGAGCUCCCACUCAUAAGCAGGGGAGAAGGGAAAGAGGCCAGGCUGCCUGUUGAACAUGGCAAGGAGGACAGGGACAGACAGAGAGGCAGGGGCGGGAAGGAGGACCCCAGAGCUACAGCAAAGGCAUGUGCCCUGCAUCCUUCUGUCCCUAUGGCAUCCAAGCUGAGAAAACUGCCCCUCAGCCCCAGUGGUCCAGGCCACAGGAGCUUUGCCUCCUCCUGUCCGGUGACUGGAGGCUCAGCAUCAGCUCCUGGGGAGCAUUUGCUGCUCUUGGGGCCACUGACCCUUCAGCUCUGUCUACAAAGUCCUUAUGUUGGAUGCAUCCACUGCAAGGCCUCAUCUAAACUGCUAUUUCUCCCUCCCUCGCCCCAACAUUCCUCAUAAAACACCAGGCUGCCUCCCCAAUUCGCCAGUCUGGCAUUACCCAUGGAGGCCACAAGAUGGCGCUGUUUUACCACUAAACAGAUCCAGUCUGUCCUGGCCCCAGGGCCACUGCAAAUUGUUACAUACUGGCUACUUCUGCCUCCCAAGGCCCCCAAAGGGCCUUCACAGUGCCAGCGGGGUGCUCCUGCCUCCUACCCAGAUUCCAUCCCCAUCCUUCCACUCUUCCAACAUUGUGCUCAGGCAAGCUGUUUCUGCAGACACCACCCUGGCCUGACAGCCAGCUUCACCUACAGUUGGAGAAAACAGAAAGACAGCCAAGCUUCCAACGUGCACAUUGUUUUUGUAUGUUUUAUUAUGAUGGUUCUUUAAAAAUUUUUAAAAAAAACAACAAUUAUCUUCAUCGUCAUUCUUAAAGCACUCAAGCCCUGGGCCUGGAGAGAUGGCUCAGCAGUUAGGAGCACUGGCUGCUCCUCCAGA